AUUUCCUUUCCUUUGGUUCCUUCUUGUUUCUAUUUUCUCGCGUUUUCUCGGCUCUCUCUCUCCCAACUCGGUCGACAGACUCCUUCUCUUCUUGGAUCGAAUUCCCCACCAGAAAAAUAUCCUUAACCCAAAAAAAAAAAAGAAAAAGAAAUUGCUAAAAAGAGAAAAAAAAAAAGACAACCCAGAUUUUUAUUUCACUUUUUGCCUUAUAAUUCCUCUCUUUCAAAAACUUUUCUUCUUCUUCUUCGAGGAUUCGAUACCAAGGGACUUCGGCUGGUGUUAUCUGUCGAUUGCGGUUGUGUUUCUGGGAACUGAAUUAGGGUUUUCUUGUUCCAAUUUGUGGUAAUCAUUUCUGACUUGAUUUGAUUAACGAAUUGUACCGGAUUCUUUUCCUAAUUCGAUCUAUCUUCGUUUAUUUUGGUUGUUCUUAUAGUAUAACCCAUUUAUUCCAAACCCUUAAAAAGAAAGGAAAAAAAAAAAAAAAGAAAAGAAGCAUUUGUUGAUUGGUUAAUUUUUCCUUCUUUCUAUUGUAUAGAUAAAAAGAGUAGAAAUUGUAUUAACCCUACCCUUUUUCAAUUUCAUUCCAGCUGAUUUUAGGUUUCUUUGAACAGGAAACUCCGUGAAAUUUUUGGUUGCGUUGUUUUAGUCUGCUAUCCGAAAUUGAGGGUUUUCUUGUUAGAUUAGAUCUCUUUAUCUCCUUUUCUUUAUGGGUUUUCCCUUUUCCCCUUUUCAUUUUCUGACCUAAAUUCCCUAUCUUUGUUUUUAUCUCUGAUUAACUUUUUCCUACUCGGGUUUGGAUGCGUUUGCUCGCAAUAUCAUUUAAAGAAAAAUUUGGGUUAGGUUUGUAUAUAGAAUGGCCUUGAAUUUUUCUCAUCGACCCCUCUUUCCGGGUAUUCUCCCUGAAGAUAAUUUGGUUUCUCCAAUGAGGAUUGCAAAUGGGUACCUUGUUGAGGGUAUACCAGACAAGGUUGAUAAUUGCUUUGAUUAUGGAAGGGAUAGGGGCGAUAGGUGCGGCUCACAGGACUCCGUGCAUAAGGACAUUCUUGAUCUUUUGCCAUCAGAUCCUUUUGGCAUGGACAUAAGUACUACUUUUACUGCAAUUACAGGGUGGCUCGAAGAUUUGGAGGUGGACUAUGGUGGGUAUGGUAGAGAUCAGGUUGCCACUAGUGGUGGGAAUUAUCAGUUGUUUGCUGGGUUGAAUUUUAUUUGGAACAAUGCAAUGAGGUUCCAAACUUUCCCUGGGAACAUGGGAUUUGAUAAUAGCAUGAAUGCAUUUAGAGAAUUAGGGAAUGCAUCUGCCCAUGAUGCUGGGUGUCUUGAGGAGAAAGAAGUAGGAGAUGCAUCUAGUCAUUGUGCUCUUGGAUUGGUUUGUAAUGUGGACGACAUUUUGAGUUUGGGUAAUGAAAUAAUGGGUAAUGGAGAUACAGGUGCUGUGGAUGAGAGAUGUGUGGAGUUUCAUGAGAGUAGUGGGGUUUGUUCCGACGGAGAUGGUGGAGCUCCUCAUGGAGCUUUUGGUUUUGCCCUUGGUUAUCUCGGGGUGCGGGAUCUUCUUGUUGUUGAAACAGUGUGCAGGUCAUUGCGCUCUACAGUUCGGAGUGACCCACUUUUAUGGAGGAGUAUUCACAUUGAUCAACCAUUGAAUGAGAAGAUCACCGAUGAUAUUCUUUUGCAAUUGACUAAUCGGGCUCAAGGUAACUUGCAAUGUUUGAGCCUGAUUGAGUGUCCAAGGAUUACUGAUGAUGGGUUGAAACAUGUCCUUGAAAAUAAUCCGAGGCUAACCAAGCUGAGUGUGCCUGGAUGUACAAGACUCAGCAUUGAGGGCAUCGUAACUAGCUUAAAGGCUUUUAGGAGUAUGGGUACACAAGGGGUGAAGCAUUUAAGGAUUGGUGGCCUCUAUGGAGUGACACAGAAGCACUUUGAAGAACUGAAGUUCUUGUUGGGCUCAGAUAACCAUAUGCAGCAGAAUACCUACAAGCCACAUUAUUAUCACAGAGGGAACUUUUAUUUGUCAUGUGAGGAUGAUCGUGCUAUUGACAUUGAAAUGUGCCCAAGAUGCCAGAACCUGAGGUUAGUGUAUGAUUGCCCUGCAGAGGGUUGUCAGCAGAAAGAACAUUCCACUCAGCCAUGCAGGGCUUGCACUCUUUGUAUAGCUAGAUGUGUUCAGUGUGGGCGGUGUAUUAAUGACAGUGAAUAUGAGGAGACAUUCUGCCUUGAGUUGCUUUGUUCAGAUUGUUGGAAGCAAGUCAAUUGCCAGGAGGAGGAGGAUGGUAAGAUUAGUCCACCCAAGGCUCCUGCUGUGUGUGAAUCUAGCUGCAGUUUUCGUCUUUAUGGAUAAAGACGGAUUCAGUUUAAUUUCUUCUGGUUUCAUAUUAUGAUUGAGAUGUGUGCACAAUUGGUUAUUUAGAAUCUAAGAUAAAAAAAAUGUGAGGCAGUCGUCUAGGAUUAUGGUUCCUCUCUGUGUUGUUUUUACAUUCUGAGUGUGCUGACUGUCUCAGGUGCAGCUACUGAUGAUGGACUUUGAGUUGUCUCGGUAUAGAUUGGACCGUUUGUGGCCGAAGUUUAUUUUUUGUGUAAAAGGUAAAAAUAGAGAGAGAGAGAGAGAGAGAGAUAACAGAUAGAAAAAAUAAACAGAAAGCAAGAAGGCAAUGGUUUCCAGGUACUUCAAAUAUUGUUCACUGAAGGAUACUAUGUUCUGGUUUUUCUAUAUUUGGCAUGUGGCUUAAUAAAGUCUGGUGAAAAAUGCAUUUAUUUGCAUCUAAUGUUCGGAACUGUCCGUCAUGUGAAUCUGCACCAACGUGGGGUCAGAUUUAUUCAGCUCUGAGAAGAGUUAUAUAGAGUCAAUGGUGGAAAGCAACUGGUCUGGUGUAAAUGUUGUAAAAUGAGCUUGUAUGGUUCCCCAGUGAAGCAAGAACUGAUUUAUUCUAACUCUGAUCAUAAUGUAUAGUACCUGUCCAUUGCUUGAGAAGUGGAGUGAUUAGUUUCCCCACUGCCCAUCAGAUUGUGUGAUGCAGGCUCUUCUCAGACCAUUUACUGUGCCAGAGUGCUCGGAGCUGCUCCAUUGACUGCGCAGAGCUUUCGGGUUUGAUCGCUGGUUUCAUCUAUGAUUGAUCUCAUUUCUGGCUCUUGCUUUUAUAAAUUUAGAACCAUCUGUGUUUUUACCUGCCUAAACUCAGUGCACUGGAUUAUCCAUUAAAUGGUAUGGCGCUUGUAUUCUGCUUCUUCUAUCCCACCAGGAUGAUUUGAUGAGCCAGUUUGGGUGCCAGACUGUAUACUUGUGUUGGAUAAUGGAAAAAAUAAAAAUAAAAAAUAAAAUAGGAAUUUGUUCAAUGUCUGCUGUUGCUCGUUGGAUUGAAUGCUUAAUUAUUAUUUGCCAAAAAGCUACAAAUAUUUCUUCUUGAGCC